UCAUCAUAGAACAUGAAAAAUAUUAAUUUGUUUUUCGUCUCUGGAUGAAAUACAAGAUGGAUUCUGACUCAAGCAACUCUUCCAAGAAGGACACAGGCCCAAAAAACUCUAUUGAGACGAAGAAAGGCAAAGUUCAGACUAUGUUUAGAGAGACUGACUUAAGCGUUUCCACAUUAAUGGACAUGCAGCCUAGCAUCACAGCUGACACAGAACCAAUAACAUGUGCUGUGUUGAUGCCACAGUCAAUAAACACCAUAGUGGUACACAGAAACUCAAGUAAGCCCACUGUGACAGAUUUGGAUUUAUCUCCAGUGUUAUCCACUAAUAAACCCCUUCGCAGAAGGAGACCUAAAAAUUAUGCACUCCCCAGUGGUAUAACUUUUUUUCAGCUUGAUUUUAGCAACCUACCCUUUGAUGUCUUCUACAGCAUUUUGCAGUACUUGUCAUUAAAAGAAAUCAGCAUUUUAAGCAUGGUAUCUAAGGUGAUAAACAGCUACAUUGUGCAGAAUAUUUCCAAGCUCGUUAAGAGAAAUAGAAUGGCAUUCUGCAGUCUUCACCAGUACAAUACAUCUGAUCAGGAAGAGCACUUUGAGUACUACAGAUCAGUUGGGUUGUUGUUUAAGAGAUGUACUCUUUUACUUCCUACAAAGGAAAGGCUGAAAUUUAUUAGUAGUCAACUGUUUAAGGUUCCAUGUUUUGUAAUUGGUAAAUGUUGCCAUGUUCCAGAAUGUCUAGGAUUUGCAAGUUAUGGAGCAUUUUUGAAGGUUUUGAUAGCUGGCUGGGAUGAACUUGAGUGUCACCGCGUGUUCAGCUUCCAUUGUGAUUUCACAAAUCUGCACCGUAGAAUCCAGACUGUUGUCUCCAGUAAACCAGGAGCAGCACGGGAGUUGGAAAUACACAUUCGUCUGUUCUGCAGAAGUGUACUGAUUGACCCCUGGGACAAUCAAAAUGAUACUUUGUUCUGGCUGACCAGAUUAUUAAAGCCAUGGCCAAUGGUUAACCAAGCUCGGCUGCUCUACAUUCUGUAUGGGCCAGUGACAUCAGAAGGUAAUAUUGAUUGGCAGAAAAUGACACAAAGUUUGGCUGAAGAAUGUUCAGUGGUGCAGUUUGCUAAUGCCAUUAAAUUAAUGCAUCAUGAUGGAAAGCCAACUGAAUGGACAGCAGACAGUGUUAUAGGACUUCUUGAAGAGUUGACAGAUGUUCCAAAUGAGUGGCUGUUGGAGAAUCAGGCUCGCUUGCUUCUUCUUUGUGGGAACAAUAUUUGUUAUACCAUAAUGUCCAGCAAAGCUGUAAAUGGGCGUGUAAAUGAACUGGCAAAUCUGAUGGUUUUUCAAGCGCUGGUGUGUGAAAAAGAUGGCUAUCAUAUGCAGUGGGUGAGGAAAAUGCUGCAGAAGAUAUGUAUGGUUUUUGGCAGCUUCAGAGAGAGGUGUAACUUCAUACAGAAAGUAGAGAGUGUGUUCUGUCAACGUAGCUUGGAAAUCCUGGAGUCUAUAAUUGAAGGAAACCAGGACAGUGAAUCUAACAGUUUUCAGAACCUCUACAGUUUUUUAAAAGCAAACGCACAUUUUCACAUGGAGAUCCUGUAUUCUUUCAUCAAGGAAUGAAAAUUUCAAGUGGCUCCAGGACUGAUGACAUCAAAUAUGUUCAAAGAAAGAGCAAGGUUUUGGUAAACAUUA